CGCGAUUCCUGGCAAUCGCAGGAAACGCAACAUAAAAGGCCAAAGUUCAGACACAUGAUUUCGUCGAGCAAUGCUGGUGCUAGCCUAGGGUGUAAGGAUUAGCCCCUGCAAUAGUGUAGAUGUCUGAGAAGACAAUCAAGAGCCGCAAGGCUCCAACGGCCACCAAGAAAUUCACUCAGAAUCCUCAAAAAGUUGUUGUAAGUGAAAAUUCAGCGUCGCAGAAUGUACAAUGCUGGGCGCCAGAACCGUCCACCGCUAUUAAACUUCUCUGGUCUGCUCGAUUCUGUGCGGCGUUACUUAGUAAUAUAACAGACUGUGAUGAAACAUUUAAUUACUGGGAACCUUUGCAUUAUGUGUUGUUUGGUAAGGGCUUCCAAACGUGGGAGUAUUCUCCAAUAUACGCAAUACGUUCGUAUGCGUACAUUCUGCUGCACUCAAUACCGGGACAUUUACAUGCUCUCUUGCUGCAAGCCAAUAAGGUUUUAGUGUUUUAUUUCAUGCGCUGUGUAUUGGGUAUGAUGUGUGCUUUAUGUGAGGUCUACUUUUACCGGGGUGUUUGUAAAGCAUUUGGUGCAAAUAUUGGCCGUUUUACUCUUUUAUUCCUUUUGAUAAGCACAGGAAUGUUCAUCUCAAGUACUGCAUUCAUUCCCAGCAGUUUUUCAAUGUACAUGACAAUGUUAUCAAUUGGUGGCUGGUAUCUAGGCAACAUGCCGGUGGCUAUACUCGCAACAGCAUUGAGUACUUUUAUCAGUUGGCCAUUUGCAGGUGCAAUUGGCAUACCUAUAGCAGUCGAUAUACUUUUCAGGAGAAAAGAAGUGUUUGACUUUGUUAAAUGGUGUAUCAUUGCUGUGUGCGUAAUCCUAGUACCGCAAGUGAUGAUUGAUAGUUAUUACUAUGGAAAACUUGUAAUUGCUCCUUUAAAUAUUGUUUUAUAUAAUGUCUUCAGUGAGCAUGGCCCAGAUAUUUAUGGAGUCGAGCCUUGGAGUUUUUAUUUUCUCAACGGUGCCCUAAAUUUUAACAUUGCGUUUCCCAUGGCACUAGUAGGCUUACCAAUUACAAUAGCAGUUUUUAGCUUUUUAAAUUCCAAAAUGGACAUGACGCGCCAGUCGAUACCACCUUGGCUAAGUCUGGUAUCAAUGUAUAUUUGGAUCCUCAUAUUUUUCACAAGGCCUCAUAAGGAGGAGCGGUUUUUGUUCCCUAUAUAUCCUCUAUUUUGCCUCAAUGCAGCCUGCACUGUUGCUUCUAUUCAGAAAACCUACCAUUGGUUGUUCAGUAAAUUCGAACCACAACAUUACACUGUUUCAUCCAAUUGGUUCGCUGCUUCUAUUGCUAUUGUAUUCAGUGUAUUAUCCCUUUCCAGGUCAGCUGCUUUGUUCUAUGGUUACCAUGCUCCACUAGAUGUCUACCCUACUUUGCACAAGACAGCAGAUAAUCCCAAAGUACAUACACUGCAUGCAAACAGGCAGGUGAAUGUUUGCAUCGGCAAAGAGUGGUAUCGGUUUCCUAGCAAUUUCUUCAUGCCUGAAAAUUGGGAAUUGCAGUUCAUUCAAUCAGAUUUCAAAGGUCAACUUCCAAAGCCUUACUCAUCACGACACGAUGCAACACAGAUGAUUCCAACCCACAUGAAUGACAUGAACUUAGAAGAGCCAAGUAGAUAUGUUGAGUUGACGAAAUGUCACUAUCUGAUUGACCUUGACCUCCCAAAAUCCACACCUUUAGAACCAAGAUUCUCGGAAUUGUCAGACCAGUGGGAGGCCAUUGACAGCCAACCAUUCCUUGACCAAGAAAGAUCUGAUAGAAUCUUCCGUGCUUUCUACAUUCCGUUUGUUUCCUAUAGGCAUGUAUCAUAUGGUAAUUAUACAGUUUUCAAAACAACAAGAAGGAAAGCACUGCCAAAAAGGAAACCUGCAGUCUAAUGAAAGAAAUGUUAGAAUGGCAGAGAUGAGUCAAAAAAGAAAAAAUAAUUUUAAAUCAAAUUACACCUGGAUACUACUCUUAUUACUAGAAGAAAGCACAGACAAAAGGGGAAUGUAAAUGUCAAAACUGUGAGUGUUACAAAGAAGGAUUAGAUCAUGGAAGGGUGAAUUGAAGCUGGGGUCAUCUAUAUCCCCUGAAUCUGCAAACAAGCAAACAAACAAAAAAUCUAUCGAAAAGUUAACCAUCUCCACACUCAGCAAGCUUGUGUGUUUUUUAUUUUUUCUUUUGUAUGUCUUCCUGAAGUCAGCUGAACAUUGGUAUCAAUGCAUGCAGCAGAAUGCAAUGAAAUGUGUUGGGAAAGCCCAUUAAACUAGACCAACCUGAAGAGGGUUCUCCUAAGCUUGGACCCCAGAGGUGGGGUUAGAUAGAUAACAUUGUCAUUAUGACAGGUGAAUUAAGGCUUUGGAGAGGGAUAGAUAACACAAUAGUGGAAGGGUGAUUUAAGGGGUUGAGGGAGCAAUAAAUCAUGGAAAAAAAAAAUCUUUUAUGAACUAAAUUUUAAAGACAAAAAAAGGAAAGAGCCAAAAAAUGUUUUUAGCAGAGUAGUUGGAUUAAGGGUGAUUUUUGAUCACAUAAAUUGGACAAAUAAACAGUUAAAAAGGAAAUCACAUAUAUACAUGUAAUUAUGGCAUCAUUGGUUAAAGUUGUCCACCAAAAAGUUCCUAUUACUGAUUAAGUUCACAUAAGAGUCAAAAGAAGAAGAAAGCUCAUCUCAUUUGGACUUUUCAAUUAUUUGACUUAUGAAUAUUGUUUUUAUUUUUCAAAAAUUCAAAUUCAACUUUUAUUUCAUAACAAAGGAUUUGAUAAAACAAGUAAACAGUACUGAAAAAAUAAUUAAAAUACACAUUGAAAAGACGUCAAUUAGAUAUUAAAGAUAUAUAAAAAGUUCAGUAUUCAACAUCAAAAUAUAAACAAACCUUAUUGCAAUAAAAAAAAAACAUUACUGUUGAUAAAAAUAAUGAAAAAAUAAUUAAAAUACACAUUCAAAAGACGUCAAUUAGAUAUUAAAGAUAUAUAAAAAGUUCAGUAUUCAACAUCAAAAGAUAAACAAACCUUAUUGCAAUAAAAGAAAAAACAUUACUGUUGAUAAAAAUAAAUCGGGCACAGACUCUUCAUUUCAUUCACAUCUAACAGCAAAUACACUCGCCACUUUACAGGAUAGAAUGAUGCUUUAUAAACCAAGCCUCUUAUUGAAGCUUAAGAAGUGCAGUUGUUUUAAUCGUGUGAAAGUGCGUGCUGUGACAUGAAUAGAACCUAUGACCCUGGGAUUAGAAGGCAAGAAGUAUUUGAACUACUAGGCUAUUCAACUUCUUUCCUAGACUUGCCACAAGUUUCAAAUUUAUUGACUUUUCGUAGUAUUAGCAACAUUUCGGAAAGCGCCACCGGCGUCAGUUUAGGUGCGAUAAAGUAUACUAUGGAACGCUAUUGGUGUCAAAAUCGAUUUAUUUUUAAUAUUUUGACUGAUUAAGACAAAGUUUAGGGAUUGAAACCCAGUCUACUCUUUUCCAUGUGAAUACUGUACUACUUUAAAAACAGAAAUAAACAACCCAAACCUUUUGGAAGGAAGGAGAAUUUAGUUUUGGGCAGAGGUAAAUCAUAUGAUACCUUAGUGAUAAAUAAAAUGGUCAAAGAGGGGUAAAUGAUGGUUUUCAGUGUAGUCGGCAUUUGGUUUAAACAUUCAUGUGAUAUGCAAACUAUUUAACUGGGGCCUAUAUUGCAUACACGUCAAUUAUAUGAUUGCGAAGAUGCUUCAAAAUUUAGGAUGAAAAUACGAAUAUCCCAGAUAAAAGGAGAGAAAUAUAAACAAGAAUAUUGAGAAUUAUUACUUGAGAAUUAUUACUUAAGUAUUUUGAUGUACAUGUAUAAUUAUGUAUUGAUGUUAUUGGGUGAUGCUAAACUAACUCAUGGUCCUUGGGUCAGAUCUCAGACUAGCACACUUAAGGAUUAGACGUUAUGUUUAUGUUUAAAAGAAUACAAGGAAUCAUGAAACAAUAAAUUAAUAAAGGUGUCAAACAUCA